AUGCCCUGUCUCGGGAUGCUAUCUCGAUUGCGCAGGGAGGAAUGUUAUGCCACAGCGAGAUGAGCCUGUCUCGCUCUACUUUCCAACUGUGUCACAGGUGCGACAAGGCCACACGGGAAGGGGCCUUGGUAGGCUGGUCAACAACACAACACGUCCGCGCUGGUUCGCGCUGCUGUGUUUUCGAAGCUGCAGGCGAGCCAUCAUGAUGUUUCGAAACUUCAUGCAACUCAAUACUUCGUCAUUUUGUCGUGUCGAUCGGGUCUCGGUUUCUUGCCGCCCGGACAUGCAUCGGCGACGACUGGAAACCCCCGCUGUUCAUCUUGGAAAGUGCCCCCUCUCUUUACGAGAAAUCCAAAUUGCCUCGUCAGUCGUUCGCGUUUUUGACGAGUCACGACACAGAUUCGGUCAAGACACGGCUGCGGUGAUCACCUCGUUCGAGCUGUCGACGAUGAUGAAGUCGUCUUCUCCGGUCCGUGUCUCGAAACAGAAUGUACGACCCGCCUCACAUCCGAAUGUCAAGCAUUGUGCUUCGAGAACUGCGUUUGUUGCUUGUCAAUUUCCCUCGAAUCGGCGCUCCAUCAUCGCACGGCACAACGGACGAGGGAUUGUGUUCUGAAAGAUCUGAGCCCAUUUCUGGUCCUCUCACUGGCUGACAAGUUAUCAAGCCAUGUGGCCUAGCUUGCAUGUGCAAGCAACUUCCCUGCGCUGUGGCGUUUCUUUUGUCUUCCAGCGAGGCCUCUGGAUGCAGUCUGUUUGGCGAACGGUUGGUUGUUUGCUUUUUCGUGGUUUCUCGCCAAAACUGGCAUAGCAAUGCCAAUUCCAACGCCGGAUGUCUCCAUUCAGAAAGGCCGUGCUGCACAGAGAUGAGUUACAUGUGCGCUCAGGGUUUGGUGUACAGGGCUCCUUAGGCAGCAUUUCGUCCCGACCUGACGCCAGCUCAAUGAAGCUGGGUGACGACGGGCUAGGCGUCAACGUCACUCAAAUCACAGGGUUCAGCAUUGCCACCACUGCUUUGCUUUGCCGACGAAUCAAUCUCCAGACGCCCCUGCAUCAAGACCGAACCCCUUAUUCCGACAAGUCCGUGUCUAACGCGCUGACGAGUCUCAUGGU